GUGUUGUGGGUGUGGUGGUGCCGUAAUAGACUAUUGCCCGAUAUCCUAUUGCUUUGCAAGCAACCAAGACUGUAUAGGAGACAAGCAGCCUUGCAGGAGUGCUUUGUUCUAAGGGCCUUGAGGCGUUGGUGGCUGAUUUCAAUUUUUGAGAAUUCAAUUUUUGCUGAUGUAUUAGGGUAAUUUUGUUCUCAAACACUUUCGGAAAACAACGAAUCUUAAACUAACGAGCGGUAGUGGACAAGUCUGAAAUAGUCGUCAAGUCAUCUGAAGUCUGAAGAUGGAAGACACCUCAGAGGAGACCCAGUUUGUGGUGGAUGAAGUCAGCAAUAUAAUCAAGGAGGCUGUGGAAAGCACCAUUGGUGGGAACACCUACCAACAGGCAAAAGUCAACCAGUGGGCAUCCAGUGUUGUUGAAUCAUGCUUGGGUGCCCUCACUAAACUGCAGAAACCUUUCAAAUAUAUUGUGACCAGUGUCAUCAUGCAGAAGACAGGCGCUGGCCUACACACGGCCAGCUCCUGCUACUGGGACAACAGCACCGACGGCAGCUGCACCGUCCGCUGGGAGAACAAGACCAUGUACUGCAUCGUCUCCGUGUUCGGGCUGGCCAUCUGAUUGGGCGCUGUGGGCCCUCCGCGGUGACCCACGUCAUCCGCAGCCCCAAGGAGACUUGGAUCGGGUGCAGCGUCGAGGCAGUUCGACGCUGAUGUCUGGAGUUGACAGUGGCCUUUCCGGGACCGAAGCGCCUUGGACCAUUUCGGCAGUGGACUAGCAUGCUUGCUGUGCACAGCUCCCCAGCAGCAGUGGACUAGCACGCUUGCUGUGCACGGCUCCCCAGCAGCAAGUCUAGUUACUGGAGUGGCGGUCACAUUCCAAGGCAUGCCAGCGGCUCGCUGCUUUUAGAAGUGUUCGGACCUAGUCGAAAGAUGGGAUGACGUUUAAUUAUUGUUUUCGUUGCAUGUACAUGUUCAAUAAA